UCCUGGGCACACUGCAUUGGCAGGAACCGCUUCGGCAGUGAUGACUGAUGAUGAGAUCGAGAGCGUCCUCUCCGACUCCCAUGAAGGGUCGGAGCAGGAGCUGCCUGUUAUCCAGCUGUGCGGGCUGGUGGAGGAGCUCAGGUACCGCGGCCUGCGCCUGGGGGCCGCCCCUCUUCCUCCUGGGCCCUCCUUCCCGGGCGGCCUCGGACCUGGGGACCAGCAUGGAGAAGAUCCAAGCCCGCACUGAGCACUGGGGAGACUUUGCCUCUGCUCCUGCGUCUCCACCACCACCGAACCAACAAGCUGUUGGUGGAGCUAGAACGGGGUGGUGGGGCGAGGGGGUGGGGCCGGUGGUGGGAAGCCCAGAGGGUAAUUGGGGAAGUGAGAGUUUCAGCCGGAUGAGUCUCUCUCGUGCCAGACGGUGUGCUUAGCCGAUCCACAAUUCUACAGCGGCAAGUUGGACCAGCUAUGUAAACUCUGCUCUCAAAACUGAGACUGAGAUGUUUGAGAAAUACUACGCUAAACUGGAGCCCAGGGAUCAGCGACCUUCACGAUUAUCAGAAAUUAAAAUGUCAGCAGCAGAUUAUGUACAGUUUCGAGGCAGGCGUAGAUCCAAAUCCCGGGCAGGUGUGGACCGUGGGGUGGGCCUGACUGUCGACCAAAAACUUGAGCUGGUACAAAAGGAGCUGGAAGACACGAAGGAUGACUUAUGGCACAUGAGGGCAAAUGCAGAACGCGACAUGCAGCAUCACGAGGCGAUCAUUGAGGAGGCUGAAAUUCGAUGGAAUGAAGUUGCAAGAGCAGUGCAUGAGUUUGAAAAAGAUAUUCUAAAAGCCAUAUCCAAGAAGAAAGGGAGUAUUUUGGCCAUUCAGAAAGUGAUGAAAUACAUAGAGGACAUGAACCGCCGGAGGGAUAAUAUGAAGGAGAAAUUACGUUUGAAAAAUGUUUCUCUCAAAGUUCAGAGGAAAAAAAUGCUUUCACAAUUGAGGCAGAAAGAAGAGGUGGGUGAGGCCCUUCAUGAUGUUGAUUUUCAGCAGUUGAAGAUAGAGAAUGCUCAAUUUCUCGAAACAAUUGAAGGAAGGAAUCAAGAACUGACCCAGCUAAAGCUGUCAUCUGGAAACACUCUGCAGGUCCUCAAUGCCUACAAAAGCAAGCUUCACAAGGCAAUGGAAAUAUACAUCAAUCUGGACAAGGAGAUCUUGCUGAGAAAAGAGCUACUUGACAAAAUUGAAAAAGAAACACUACAAGUAGAGGAGGACCGGGCCAAAGCCGAGGCAGUGAACAAGAGGCUCCGGAAGCAGCUGGCUGAGUUCCGGGUGCCACAGGUGAUGACUUACGUCCGGGAGAAGAUCUUAAAUGGGGACUUGGAGAAGAGCAUCAAGAUGUGGGAAAGGAAAGUGGAGAUAGCAGAGAUGUCCUUAAAAGGCUACCGUAAGGCUUGGAAUAGAAUGAAAAUAACCAAUGAGCAGUUGCAGGCAGAUUACCUUGCUGGGAAGUAGCCAGAGGCAGGCCACGGCUUACAGAGCACAACAUGACCUAUUAAAGUAAUCAGCUCCUUU